AGUCAUUGGCUGGAAUUGUGAAAUACAGCCAUGUGAUUGGCUAAAGCGGUUCUCAGUCAACCGUACACUGCCAAUGCACUUAACUCCUGACCUACUAACACAGAUCCAUAGUCAGAAGCCACAUUGGUGUGCAAAAAAUCGGAGAAAAAUGUGGUUCUUUUCCUUUUGUAAAAUUUAGUCUACCCAGAUAUUUCCUCACGUUUGAGAGGACAAAUUCAUCGCUGAUGUAUGAUUUCUUCGUUAAGGACAGCGACUCUAAUAUCGCCACCAGUUUUCAACUAGCGACAAGGUAUGGUGAAAAUUUUUUGUGAUGAAGAGGAGGAUUGUCUCUCAUGGAAGAUUUCAUCAGUUCUUGAAAGCAUUAUGAGGAACCAUUAAAUACAGAGGAUAGAAUCAGUUAUAAAUAUGCAAUCAGUCAAGGAAGAAAUUUACGCCAGUGAGCCCUAUAGUGGAGACGAUGCCCUGCUACUGGCUGUGGCCUUACAAGGGUCUAACCGGGACAUGAUAGGUACUGUCUCUGGUAUACCAUUUAUAGCUAAAACUACCUGUCGCAGGAAAAGGGAGUUUAUCCCAGAGGAGAAGAAAGACACUGUUUAUUGGGAGAGACGACGCAAAAACAACGAGGCAGCUAAACGCUCGAGGGAGAAGCGGCGUAUAAAUGACAUGGUGCUGGAGAACAAGCUGAUGACCCUGGGAGAGGAAAAUGCCUCCCUCAAAGCUGAACUGUUGUCGCUUAAACUCAAGUUUGGCCUUUUGAGCUCAGCCGCAUAUGCCCAAGAAGUUGAGAAGUUGUCUAGCCACAAGAGUGCUCAUCUCUAUCAGCAAUUUGUCACAGCCAGUGCUGAUCAAAGCAGUUUCUCCAGCAAGGAAACUGAGCCUCAUCACCUGCGCAGUAGCUGUAUUUCAGUCAUCAAACAUUCACCAAAUAUAUCCAAGGCAUGUGCUCAAACUCAGGGUAGUUUAAGUAUGUGCAGAAGCACCGAGGUCAAACGGGAACCGGCAGAGAAUGGCACCUUUCCACAUGAGAGUAGUCCGUAUGAACUCUUUAGGAACUACAUGGCCAGCUCUUUGUCAAGAGUCUACGCUCAAUCUGCUCCAUUUUUACAGAUCACCAGGUCAUCCAGUAACUCGCCCAGAAGCUCAGAUGAUGGUGCUGUGAGCAAAUCAUCAGAUGGUGAAGAUGAGCAGCAGGUCCCCAAAGGGUUGAUGACAUCUGCGGCUGACCCAACAAGUGUUAUUGUAUCCACACACAAAGUGCCUGAGGCCAGUUCUUCCGCUCUGCCUCAUAAACUGCGAAUCAAAGCAAAGACCAUCCAAAUCAAAGUAGAAGCUAUCGACCCAGAGUACGAAUCGGCGGAAAAGUUCUCCUCACCUGUCAACGGAUCCUUUCAAGCAUUCUCAGACACCUCAGUGUGCUCUCAGUCCUUGCUGUGCCCUUUGUCGGAACAGGUCACCGCCAUGCAGGACUGGACUCAGCGGUCUGAGCAGUGGGAUAAAAGUAGCACAAAAACACCUGAGGAUAGCUGUACGAGUAGCAGGCAAAACCAUAGCUUCUCAGACAAACCAGCUGUGGAUAUAAAACAGCCAUCCUAUGCACAUUCAGAUGGAAAGGAGUGCAAAAGUGGCCUCUGAGAAAACGCAGCAAGGGAAACAUCUAUUUAACACAAUGAGUCCCUACUAAUAGCUUGCCUGCCUGAAUAACCUAAUGCUAUUUUCAUCUUCACUUAUUUGGUAUUACACUGUGUGGUUGAUGUUUGGCUUUGAGCAACUUUUCUGGUCACUGUACAUUUUCAAGUAAAAGAUUCUGAAAUUGAAAGUGGUAAUUAGUAAGCACAAAACAAAGCCCAAUGUAAAUGAGGAUUAGUUAUACUUCAAACAUAAAUUGAAAUAUAAUGUACAAUUUUACAUUGCUGAUUGGAUCUGUAAAGCCCAUUCUUUUGAAUUUUGAUUUACCGUAUUUUCUGGAGUAUAAGUUGCUCCGGCGUAUAAUUUGCACCAGCCAUAAAAUGUAUAAUAAAGAAUAAAAAAACAUAAGUCGCACCGGAGUAUGAGUCGCAUUUUUAAUGGGAAAUUUAUUUGACAAAAUCCAACACCAAGAACAGACAUGAAUAGGCAACAACAGGCGUAAUGGUACGGUAUGCUCACGUUAAAUAAACACAUAAAUGAGGAACUGAGAAUGUGCCUGACGUAACAUAUUAAGGGUUAUUCAAAUAACUAUGACAUGUCAAGUUUAUUUAUAUAGCCCUAAAUCAUAGACAAGUCUCAGAGGGCUUCACAUGUACAGAAAUUGUCAAUUAUUCUCAACAUCCCCUGAUCUUAAACUCCCAGGAGGGCAAGGACAAACUAAAAAAAAAACUAUUGGGGAAAAUGAGAAGUGACCACAGAUGGGAGGAUCCCCCUUCCAGGAUGACCAGGCUACAAUGGAUGCAGAGAGGGCACAUAAUGUAAAACAAUCCAAAGAAACAGUGGAUAUCCAUAUUCAAAGUGAAGAGCUGCAGGAAGGUGCCCUCAAUUGUCCUGGCAGUGUCUUCGAGGGUGGUAAUCCGCCUCAGAUCCCUCAUCCCGAUUGGUCGACAAGAAAUCCAGACAGCCAUUUUCAGUUUGGGUGUCACCUAACCCCCUCGCCAGCUGGAGGACAUAAAUAUACAUAAAUAAGUUUAUCGAACCAUCUGUGUCACUCCAAACCAUUAAAUCCAUCGAAAUCUUCGUCCUCUGUCUCACUUAUAAACAACUCCGCUGACUCCGGAAGUAGAUGCGGCACUUUGCUGACAUCAGACUCAUUGUCAGUUGCAGUUCCAAUGUUUCCACAGGCCUAGAGUGUCCUCAUGCGGUUUAGUGUGAAAAUAACAUGUAAAAUCAUACACGAGUGAGUAAGUAAUGUGUUAAUGAUCAAGUAAUAUUGUGUUAAUAAUUUCACAUAUAAGUCACUCCUGCGUGUAUGUCGCACCCAAACUAAAACAAAUGCAACUUAUAGUCCGGAAAAUACGGUACUCAUUGUCAACUGUCUCAACUGUGUUUUCAUCAGUUGCUAUCAGUGUAUACUUGUUCACAUAAAACUACAGUACUAUUAAUAACGAGAGAUUGUCAUCUUUAAGAAAUACUGAAAAUGCCAUUAUUAAAUUACAUUUUAUGCAGUUUUGAACAUGCCGCAUUCGUGAGCAAAUAAACAUUGGAAAUGAGUAGUCAUUCCUUGAUAGAUUCACAUAACAAACAAGGUCAGACUAAUUUGGCAUAUUUUACAAAAAAAUCACAAAUGAGAAAUAUAAUUAUACCUGUAAAAAUACUUUGUGCUUAUUUGAUAACUACAAAAAAAAUGUUGAGACAUGUUGGAUGUCAAUCAUUCGUGUAGCCAUGACUCUGUUCCAAACUUGGCAUCUGAUGAUUUUGCAAUUUUCCUUGAUAGUCAGUGUGGUUUACAGAUUUGAGGGAGAUGAUCUGCAAAUUUGAAUACGUUCUGUAAUAUUUGGGAUUUUAUUAAACAAAAUAACUAUUGUAGAAACGGUAUUUUUACUGUAAAGUGACUCGAAAUACUGUGUUCCAAAUUACUAUGCAGUUUCAACUAAUGAAAUAGGUUGAAAAGAAUAUAUGUAGUGCAUUUCUCUCCUUAGUUAAAAACUAUACAUACAUAAAUCAUAACUAAAAUUUUCUUUACUGGUCAAGUUUUAUAUUAACUAAAGAAACGGUCUUCAAUCUCACCUUAACUCACUCAUCCAUUGAAAUUUUACAGUAGAUGAUGUCUGGCUGUCACAUAAGACACAAUGGUGGAUGUAAGAAUUGUUACCUAAAGCUUUCGUUUGGAGGAAUACUGCCAUUCACCCUCAGACAUUUUAAGGAUUGUGCCACAGGUUCCAAUAGGGUUGAGGUCAGCAGGUGACGGUGGUUACACCAUGAAUUUUUCCUUUACAUAUUAUGUGGUAAAGAGAACUGAUACCAUAUACAUUUCUUAUUGUAUGUAAGACAACUCGUCUUACAUACAGUCAGAUAUGCUCAGUGGCCUAGUGGUUAGAGUGUCCGCCCUGAGCCUGGAGGGUUGUGGGUUCUAACCCUGGCCGGGUCAUACCAAAGACUGUAAAAAUGGGACCCAUUGCCUCCCUGCUUGGCACUCAGCAUUAAGGGUUGGAAUUGGGGGUUAGAAGGAGUGGAGCUCUUUACAAGUCCUAGGCUUCGUCUCCCUCCUUGCACAGUUGUUGAUAUAAUAUGUGCUAAACAAUAAACUAAACUAAAUGUAUAUGGUAUCAUAGUUCUUUAUAUGGCCUUAAUCUUGUUUUGACGCAUGAGCCAACAUUCUUUCUCCACGUGUGUUUUGGGUACAGCGGCUUCCUUGUCUUCCCACUUUGUACGUGUUCUUUUCAGGUCUUCAGUUUCAGUUGAUCGCCAGGUCUUCUUUGGCCUCCCUUCUCUCUUUUUCCCUUUUCUGGCACCCAUUUUAGUGCAUGCUUAAAUUAUCAGGUCAUUUUGACUCCUUCAGGCUACUUCAAAGGGGACAGUGAUCUUACUCCUCUUUGUCUCAGCUUAGACUUCACUCCGCCACGAUUGUGCCGAUGUCACAAACUUGUCUGAAUGUGAUGACCAACCAGAACUCCAUUCAUCACCAUACAUACAAUGUAGCACCACAUUCAACAGUGAAUAAAAGUGAGUAAGAUUAGUCUCCAUAAACAGUAUUUAUGUGAGCUGAAUAUUGUCAUUUAUCCAAGUAAUUUCGUUCUCACAUGACAUUGAAUCGAUCGCCAAAGGCGAAGAGAUUUAAUGCCCUGAGAAAUACCGUAUUGGCCCGAAUACAAGACGGUCUUUUUGCGUUGAAGUAAGACUGAAAAAGUGGGGUCAUCUUACAUUCGGGGUCUAGACAUUAUACCCAUUCACAACGCUAGAUGGCGCCAGAUAUCUUUAACGCGAAUGCUGAACUUAACUCCCCAGGCCAAAGCGAACCCCUCUUACAAAGAAGAAAAAGAAAAAUAGCGGUAGCAGUUUGCAUUAUUUUGUUGCAAUGUUUUUCCUUAUUCAGAUUUGUUUCAAGACUACAGUUACAGUUAGACUUCAGUUUGAUGUUAAUGAAGUUAUUGCAAUUUUGUUGUUUUAUCACAGUAGAUUGGUUUAUUUAAAUUUAAUGAACCGGAAGCCAUUCAUUUACAAAUGUGAUUGCACUUUAGUUUACAUAUUUAAAUUUUCAGAUAUUAAGAUGUGAUUGACAGUUUUUGCAUGAUUUGAAUGAGGCAAAAUAACAUGCUUUUUCUCUCGCAUAUAUUGUUAUAAUCAUUUGUUUCAGAUGUACUGUAAUUAUUUCCUGUAUAAAAAUUCAAUUUGGUGUUCAAAAAGUAUUUUUUCAAACUCAAGUCUUGAAAAAGAGGGGGUCGUCUUAUAUUCGGGCCAAUACAGUAGUCUCCAUGUACCUGUUUGUCACAUACAAAUGAAUAGUAUGAUGUUCUUGAAAUUUCCAGUCUUCAUUUCUUUUGCAAGUUUCUUUAGCAGAAAAGCCCCCCUCCCCCCAUUAUGCAUAGAAAAAUGGGACCUUAAGUCAACACCCUGAUGUAAUUUUCUUUCACUUUUAGUUUUAGUCGGGCAACGAAUAAUCAUGUCUGACAGUAAUCGACACAGAGACGUGCUUUACCGGUCAAACUCUAGCAUGCAUAAUCUGGAACACUUACAGUGUAUGUGUGGCGUUUUUCUUUUCCUUAUAGUGUUGCUGUUACUCCUCUCAACAUAGUCCUUUCAACUACCAUUCCGCUUUGAUGCACUGGUAAAAAGUUAACAGCCGUUGCAUUCCUGCUACCCCAAUCGAUGGCAGUUUGGCAAAUGUUGCCAAAGGUUUUUAACUGGCUGUUUUGCCUUAAAGCUACAAUCCAUAAAAGUUUUGAUCAAUGAGAUACGUAUGUCAGAGACACUCAAAACUGUGUAUGUACUUGGAAUGUUUCAGGUAAUGUAAAAAUGUGGACAUUACAGUGUGGUAUUUAGUACUUUAAUAAACUGGUGGUCACAUUUGAUAGAAUUUUAUUGUUUUAUACAAAUUGUAUAUAUAGCACUUCAGCAAAAUACUUUAAUGUGAUAAAUAAACAAAAUAUAUGAAGAAUAAAUGAAAUGUAAUGAA